AUGACGUCGAAACAACCACACGUGACGGUUGCGCCAGGGGACCACCAAGGAUACAUGGAAUAUGCCCUUCAACAAGCUCGCCUUUCCGCUCCAGCGUCCACAAAAUUCUGCGUCGGCGCGGUGCUGGUCGAUGGGGACAGCGGUGAAAUCCUAUCAACCGGAUAUUCCCUGGAAUUUCCAGGCGAUAGACCCGGGGAUCCGGAGAAUACCCACGCGGAACACUGUUGCUUCAUCAAAGUAGCCGAGGCUCACCACGUGCCCGAAGAGAAGAUUGGGGCGGUUCUACCGAAGAACACGGUUCUCUAUACCACCAUGGAGCCCUGCAAUGAGAGGCUCAGCGGGAAUCGAACCUGUGUGGAAAGGAUUGUAGCGCUUGCAGGCGCCAUCAAAGCGGUCUAUGUCGGAAUUAGUGAACCGGACACUUUUAUUCGCCAAAACACUGGUAGGAAAAGACUGGAGGAUGUAGGCAUCGUGGUGAGGGUCGUGGAAGGGAUGGAGGACCGCAUCGUUGAGGUAUCGACUGCGGGGCACAAAAAGAACACCCGCCACUGA